AUGAAUUCUUUGAAUUUUUGCGAGCCGUCCAGCGGUGGUCUGUAUCCCCUCCAUGGUGUUAACUCCAUGCUGUUCGACCUGCACCACCAGAUGGCGGAGCAGUACCAGGUUUAUUCUGCAGCCAGCCCCACAGUGCACACCCUCUCUGUGGCCGAGAGACUGGCAGAGCUAAUUCUGGAGGCUCGGUAUGGCAACCAGCAGAAGCAGCGGCGCAGCCGCACAGCAUUCACAGUGUCGCAGCUGCAGGCUCUGGAGGAAGCCUUUGCACAGACACAGUACCCAGAUGUCGGCAUGAGAGAGAGGCUGGCUGUCUGUAUCAACCUGCCUGAGGCUCGCAUUCAGGUGUGGUUCAAGAACAGGAGGGCAAAGUUUCGUAAAGGUCAGAGGUGCUCCCCGCUCUCCAGAGACCACAGCCUGGAGGAAGCACCACACCGCAGCAAGAUGGGACAGGAAGAAGUCAGGACUAAAGACAAACAGGACAUCACCACAUCACACAAUGACAGCAUCACCCCUCCUCCUCGUGGUCCUCCUCUUGUGGAUAAAUCUAGGGAUGUUUGCCCGCCUCUCGCUCCUUCAGACUCUGAUGUUUCACGGUGCCCACUCCGACUUCACUCUCCUCCACUUUUCACCUUCAUGACGGGGGAGCGCUACAGCCAUUCACCUCACCAGCCAUUUGUAGGAGUGCUGUCCACUGAGCUCCCCCUCCCCCCGGUGUUCUGGCCCAUGAUACAGCAGCACAGCUCCGCCAUGGGGGUUUCUCCAUUGUCAGUUACUAAAAACUGUAGCCUCUCCCUUCAGACUGCUUGUGCCAGAAAAGCUGUGCCUCACCCUCACCUAGGGCUGUAA